AUGAAGGAAAAAAGAAAAGGCCUAUUUGGAUGCUUCAGGUCGGCUAACAAACACAGAGUUGUAAAUAUCUACGACAGGCAAGCACUAAUGGAGAAUUUUAAUAAAGAAAGAGACUGGAAGAUGACUGAUGAGACUCUUAUUGAGCUUGCCAAACGCUUCCAAGCUCACUGUAUAGAUGAAAUGGACAAGAAUAUGUUCAAAUCAAUGAUGGGAGUUAUCGGCGAAACUUACUUCGCUUCAAGGAUGUUCGACGUCAUCGAUAGAGAUAGUGAUGGCACAAUUGACCUUGGCGAGUACCUAGAUUUCAACGAUAUUAUGAUGAACGGCACUGAAGAGGAGAAGAAAAGACAAAAUUUCAGGAUGCUAGAUAUCAAGGGCAAAGGGAAAAUUGACUAUAGUAGCUUCGAGGAGUUUAUAUUCAACAUCAUUGAUAUGUUCCAUCAAACUCUUUCCCAGAAGGUAGAGACUGAGAAAGACAGCAUUAAGCAUAAGUUUUAUGAAAUCUCUCAAGGCAAGGAAAUUAUUACGUAUACUGAGUAUUCAGAAGCUUUGUCUAAAAACCCGAAGCUGUUCGACUGGCUUGAGAAACCUAAGGAAAUCAUCAAUGAUAUCCUGAAAGAGACUAAGUAUGAGAAAGAGACUGUUGACAAAAUCCUUGAUCUCGUUUACAAGUACAUUCAGGAAACAAAGGAGAAGAUUGUGAAAACAAGAAAGUAUAAACCAAGGAGGCAGACUCAUUCAGAGCAAUCAAUCGAUCGUUCCUCGAACGUUGCCGAUGACCAUUUUCUAAGUAGCCCUUUCCAUAAGAACAACCCUUUUAUUAAGAAGAAAAAGACAGCAAAGAAGCCUAAUUAUGAGGAACCUGAGGAUUAUGACUACGGAAUGGACGAAGGAGUACCUGUUAGCAAGGACAAUAAAUUUGAUUUCUUUAACGAAUAUCUAAACAAGAGCGCUUUUAAUCAUCUUGUGCCCUUCAGAACUCCUGCGAAGAAGGCAAUUUCGAGCCUCGAAGGGCCAUCUUACAGUCGAGAGUAUGUCUCUCAUAAGGAAACUUCUAACUUUCAGAAUGGAACCAGUAGUCAGAUAGACAUUGAAACAAAGAACCAGAGAUAUGAAACUAGCAAGAUGAUUAAGGGAAGAGUCAACACUCAAAUGAGGUAUAUUCCGUCGAGAAGCAAGAAUUACGGUGAUGACAGAAGUUUUGAUAUUUCCUCGAGAGAGGAGAUCAAGGAAUGCACAAGCGAUAAAGAGACCGAGAACUUUGAAGGCAACAUCGAUCAUGAGUACGAGGACAUUGAAUUCACUUCUUCCAAGAUGAUUGAUAGUGAAGAGUAUAGCUUAAUGGCUAACAUCUGUGACCUAAUCUAUGAUUCUUUGAUCGAGCUGGAAAAUAAUAUUCGGAAUUGCUUCUUACCACCAGGCAAGCGAGAUAUGAGCUCCCUUAACAAGAUGAGAACGUCUAUUAUGUCAAAGAAUGAGAGGAGGAAGACUGUUGUUAUUAAUAAUGUCCCCCAUCAAAAGAAAUUUAGUAGGGUUAAGGCCAACUCGUUGCUGAAGAAGAGGAAAAAGGAGAAAAAUAACCAGAACGAGAUUGUCAAGCUUUUCGAUCAAGAUUUUGACAAGGUCUUCAACAUUAUGCUGGGGAUCAACCGCUCUGUGUUUUGGUUGUUCGACUCCCCUUACUAUAAAAUAUUGGAUCAGGACUUUACUGCAAAGUUUGAGUAUAAUAACCAAUGGUACUCCCAGCAGGGGACGAAUGUAAAGAUAUUCACUUUCACAGAUUACGCCCCAAAAGUCUUUGAAGAGUUCAGGAAGAUCGAUGGGAUCUCUAAUGAAGGUUAUGCAAAGGCCCUCGGACCUUCGAACAUCUUCAAGUACAUCUGGAGCAACAACCUGUCUACAUUCAAAGAGCUCUGCUCUACUGGGAAGAGUGGCAGCUUGUUCUACUACACUGAGGAUGGUAAAUACAUGCUGAAGACAAUACAUAAAGCUGAGUUUAGUAAAAUGAGAUCUAUACUGAAGAAGUACUACGCUCACUUGAAGGAGUGUCCAAACUCGGUUAUAAACAGGUUCUAUGGACUGCACAAGAUAAAUUAUGUUGAAAAUGGAAAGUCUCGAGAGCAGUACCUGGUAAUCAUGAAUAACCUCUUUGGUCAUUAUGAGGUCGAUUGAAGAUAUGACCUCAAAGGGAGUUUUACUGGAAGGACUACUAAGUUUGAUUCAGAUGAGGAGCCUGACAAGACAGUCGCUCUCAAAGAUAAUAAUUUCUUGGAAAACAACGAGCACUUUGACAUUGACCUUGAUGCUCGCAGAGAAAUGAUGAAAUCAAUGAAGAGAGCUUCAGACUUUCUGGGAGACUGUUCUAUUCUGGAUUACUCAACAUUAGUAGGUGUUAUAGACUUGACUAGCCGCAAGAAGCUCUUUAACAGUGGGCUUCUAGAUCAUGACGAUCCUAUUUAUCAGUUGCUCAAGAUAAAUCCGGAGGUACCGCCUUACAGAGGGUGAUAUUUCAGUAAAGAUCGGGACAGGCUUUUCAUAGUUGGGAUUAUUGAUACUCUAACCAACUAUACAACUAGGAAAAAGAUCGAGUAUAGGUUUAAGAAGCUCAAAUAUGGCCAUAACAUGAGCUGAAUUCCUCCUAAGCAAUAUGCAAGGAGAUUCUUUAAGUUCAUGAAGAGCACUGUCUUCCCCAAGAUCGAUGGCACCACCAGCAUAAACUCUGAUGAGCCAUUGUUGCAAAAGAAGAUUUAA